AUGUCCAGCAGCAUCGACCCAGUGGACAUCCAUCCUAUUCCCCCGCUCAGAGAUUCCUAUGUCUUUCAUUCGCCAUUGCCAGACGAUUUCACGCCAAAUGGAGAACAAGAUGGAUGGCUGAUGGGUAUCGAUGAAGCUGGUCGUGGACCUGUGCUUGGCCCAAUGGUAUAUGCGGCUGCAUACUGCCCAAUGUCCUUCAAACCCACCCUUGAAGAGAUCGGCUUUGACGACUCGAAAGCCCUGAGCGCUGAAGUGCGCCAGAAACUUUGGGACUCUUUCAAGGAGCAUGCCCCUCUCUGCUACUCGGCGGCGAACCUCUCACCGCAAGAUAUCUCUGCCAACAUGCUUAGACGCGUACCUGUCAAUCUCAACACCCAAGCAGAGGACGCAACCAUUGGUCUGAUCCGCGAAGCUCUCGACCGGGGAGUUAACGUGAAAGAGUGCUUUGUAGAUGCUCUUGGUCCUGCCCCUAAAUGGCAGGCCAAGCUCUCUUCCAUCUUUCCCACUAUCACCUUUACCGUUUGUCCUAAGGCCGACAGCUUGUUCAAGAUUGUCGGCGCAGCUUCCAUCAUCGCCAAAGUCACGAGAGAUACAUAUGUUCACAAUUGGGAAGAUCCCGAGGACUUUAAAGACGGUGUCUUGGUUGCGAAAAAGGAUGGGGAGGAAGUGGUCAUACGCGGAAGUGGUUACCCGUCUGAUCCCAAGACUCAGGCAUUUUUGAGAAACAACUUGGAUCCUGUCUUUGGAUACAAGGGUAUGAUCCGGUUCUCUUGGGCGACUGUCAAGGUGCUGUUAGAGAAGCAAGGCGUCGAGUGCAAGGUCGACGACACAACCCAGCCAUCAGCUUCUUCUUGGUUCGGUGCAGAUGCGGACAAUGGCCGUCCAAAAAUCUGGAGGGACGUUGGCAUUUCCGGCGUGGGAGAGCUCUAG